AUGUCCUGUAAACAUCAUACGCCUGCCCAUGUUUCAGCAAAAAGCACAGCAGGAGCGACCUUGGCGGCAACACUGGCAGAGUCUGCUGACGAAGCAGACGCCACAAACACAAGUAACUUGGCCACGACAAUCUCCGCUCCAGUCAAAGAGACCACCUCGUACUACAGGCGCACUCUUCCGGAUAAUCUCGUUUCUUUCACCUCGCCGGACGGCCGCAAGCUAUUCAAGGAGUCUCUGAACGAGGGAUACGCCGAGGGCUACUUCAACUUGGCCGGAAAUUUCACUGUCCAGUCCGAGCCCGCGUACUGUGGCCCCAGCUCCCUAGCAAUGGUGCUCAAUGCGCUCGAGGUUGAUCCUGGCCGCACGUGGAAGGGCGUCUGGCGCUGGUACAGUGACGAGCUGCUCGAAUCGUGCCGCACAGAGUCUGAUCUCAAGGCCAAUGGUAUCACCUUUGACCAGUUCCUCUGUCUGGCCAGCUCGCACGCGCAGGUGGUCGCCAAGCGCGGCAAGGCAGCCACUAGGGAGGAGUUCCUGCGGGAUAUCCAGUACGUCACGCAGCGCGACGACGUCUUUAUGGUACUGUCCUUUUCCAGACAGGCUCUGGGCCAGACCGGCGAUGGCCACUUUUCGCCCAUAGGCGCUUAUCACCCGGGAACCAACCAGGCGCUGGUCCUAGACAGCGCGCGGUACAAGUAUCCAUCGUGGUUCUGCGACGUCGACAAGCUCUACGACUCGUUGCAGCCAGUGGACGAGGAUACUAAUCUCCCCCGCGGGUACUUUUUGAUCUCGCGCCGUGACGCACAGCUGGACCUGAGUCUGCUUUCGUCGCCGGGCUCGGAGCAGCCGCGGCAGAUUGGCAGCAGCGAGGUUGACCUUCCGGAACGCCCCUCGGACGUGUUCCCAACAAAGCUCUCGUGCGGCAAGGGUGCUACUUGCUGCUCAUCAAAGUGA